UAUGGCGUAGUAGAAACAAACUGAUAUUUCAACGGAAACAUAUGCAUUGGAAGGCAGUUUUGAAGUAUGCUUAUAGUGACGCAAAUGAAUGGAAAAUGGUGGAAACACAAGCAGAGAAUAUGACUACACCGUCUCAAAUAACAUCUUCUUUAGACACUGGCAACUCAUGGAAACGACCACCGAUGGGAUGGGUUAAAUGUAAUGUAGAUGGCUCUUUCUACAAUGAGGACACAACUGCAUCGGCAGGUUGGGUAGUGCGUAAUACUAAAGGAACUUAUCAAUAUUCAGGGCAAGCUAUAGGAAGACAAGUUAGUAAUGCAUUGGAAGCGGAACUCCAAGCUGUUUUGAUGGCCAUUCAACAUUGUUGGAGCAGAGGUCAUCGGAAACUUAUCAUUGAGAAUGACAACAAAAAGGCGAUAAACUUACUCAAUGGAAUGGGUUUGCACUUUGCAGCUUACAAUUGGAUUCGGGAUAUACGAUGGUGGAUGCAGAAGUUUGAGGAGAUUAUUUUUCAAUGGACAAGAAGAACAGCAAAUAGAGUGGCUGACAAGUUAGCUAAGAAUAGAUUACCACCAUCUAUUUUAUUCCAAUAUCAUUGCUAUGUUCCAAUGUUUAUAACAACAACUCUACAUGAAGACUAUGUAAAAUCUUCUAAUUGAUUCAAUGAAAUGAAGACGUUAUAAAAAAAAAAAAAUUUCAUCAUGAUUUGAUCAGCCAUUAGCGGUAUUAGCUGUUUUUUGUUCAGAAGUUGUAAUUUGUUAGUGUUUCUGUACUUAUUUGUUAGUAUAUUAAUCAAAUAGUGCAAGGAAGAAGAUAUCAAUUUAGGAUUAAAAAAUUUAACAUUUAUCCCAACAAAAAAAUAUUUUUAUUUUUAUUUAUUUUAUCAAAAUUAAGUAUAAAAAACGGAUUUUAAGACAGGUUUCCUGGUAAUAAAAAAACAUAUAGGUUAGGUAAAUAUGAAUAUAAAGGGAUUGUUAGUGUAAAUCUGUAUAAAAACAGCCUUACAUCAAUCAGAAAGUAGAUGAUCCUUGCCUCUGAAUAGUUUAGGAUUAACCACGGUCACCAACAUCACAGAUUGGGAUUUAUC